AUCUCCGCUUAACAAUCCCAGCUACCUAACCGAUUGCCCAACAAGAAAAUAGCAAUGGUUAGCCGGGGCACUUUCGUUUUUGCCGUCCUAGUGGCGCUACCGAUACUGUCACUCCCCGUCUCUGGCUACGAGCAGAACUACACUGCCGGCAGACGGAGCACCAUGUCGCUGGGCAGAGGCUACGGCUGGUCCUCCGGCGGCGCGACGUGGUACGGCGGCCCGCAAGGCGACGGCAGCGAAGGCGGCGCGUGCGGUUACCAGAGCGCCGUCGGGCAGCGCCCGUUCUCGUCGAUGAUCGCCGCCGGCGGGCCCUCCCUCUUCAAGAAUGGCAAAGGCUGCGGCUCAUGCUACCAAAUUAAGUGCACCGGCAACCGGGCGUGCUCCGGCCGCCCAGUGACCGUCGUGAUCACCGACUCCUGCCCUGGAGGGGUAUGCCUGAACGAGGCGGCGCACUUCGACAUGAGCGGCACCGCCUUCGGCGCCAUGGCCAACCGUGGCAUGGGCGACCGCCUCCGCUCCGCCGGAGUCCUCAAGAUCCAGUAUAAGAGGGUGCCGUGCAGGUUUGCCAUGAACGUGGCCUUCAAGGUGGACGCGGGCUCCAACCCGUACUACCUCGCCAUCCUGGUCCAGUACGCGAACGGCGACGGCGACCUCGCCGCGGUGCACAUCAUGGAGGCCCGCGGCGGCGGCGGGUGGAAGGCGAUGCAGCAGUCGUGGGGCGCCACCUGGCGCCUCAACUCCAACACCGGGAAGCCGCUGAGCCCGCCGUUCUCGAUCCGGCUCACCUCGGGCUCCGGCAAGGUGCUCGUCGCCAACAACGUCAUCCCCUCCGGGUGGCAGGCCGGGUUGACCUACCGAUCCACCGUGAACUACGCCGCCUAAUGCGGCGGCGUCGUGCGCGACUACGUACGCGCGUGUUUGUUAACGUCGCCGCGAUAGAUCCAUCGCGAGGCAGAAGCUCGCCUCGUCGAAGUGAGUUCGGUGUGUGCGCGUCCGGGAAUCGUGCGCAGCCGCGGUAAAAGAGGAGUUCGAUCUGUUAGUGUUAAGUGUUCGUGAUGUGUGUUCUCCCUCCGUGGCCGUUUGCAGAGCUGCUUCUAGUGACGUCUCUUGCUUGGUUAUAACUUAACCGAAUUCUGCGUUGCGAUUUGCACUUGUAUAAUUGCGUUGACAUGGUUGGAGACAUCCCGGGCCUGCCCCAACCGGCAACCGUAGCUCGGUUUUGA